AUGGCCAGAGACGCUUCGUCGCCGGCCUCGCCGUCCGUCGCGGAGCUCAAUGCCUGCGUUUCCACCGCCACCGGCCACCAUCACCACCACCACCACCAUCACCGCCCGUCCACCAAAGAAACCACAUUCCAGGAAUGGAUGCUGGCCAACCAGAUCGGAAUUUCGCUGACCAUCCUGUCCAUGUUACUGGCUGUCCACCAUCUCUACCCUUCCCUGAAUCCUUACACCGCCCCAUUCUUCCAGCUUUCCUACUACCAACCCGCCACCGGGGACUAUGUGCAAGGAUGGGAUGAUAUCUACUUCGUCGUGAGCUCCGCCAUUGCUUUCAUGGCCAUCCGGGCAAUUGUCAUGGAGUGGAUUCUCCAGCCCGCAGCGCAACGCUAUGGGUUAAAAAGGAAGGCUUCUGUCCGCUUGGCCGAGCAGGGCUGGCUCACCCUGUACUAUGGGUUCUUCUGCUCACUUGGACUUUACCUUUGGUCAAACUCGUACUAUUGGCGCGAGUUUAGCGCUAUAUGGGAUCAAUGGCCCGCACGCAACGUUUCGGGGCUGCUGAAGUGGUACCUUUUGGUACAGUUGGCGUUCUGGGUGCAGCAGGUCCUGGUCAUCAACAUUGAGGAGCGCAGGAAGGAUCACUAUCAAAUGCUGACUCACCACAUCAUCACUAUCGCCCUCUUCGGAUCGGCCUAUGUCUAUGGUUUCUACAACGUUUCAAACGUGGUCCUAGCACUGAUGGAUGUUGUGGACCUCUUGCUCCCGACGGCCAAAAUCCUCAAAUACCUGAAAUUCGAGACAAGCUGCAACAUCGCCUUCGUUGUAUUCAUGGUUGCGUGGCUGGUAACGCGUCAUAUCUACUACCCGCAACUGUGCUGGUCCAUCUACAAGGACGUUCCUGCCAAGAUGGCGUACGGGUGCUAUUCGGGCACCACUGCGGAAAUGACUUCCACCAACGGAUAUCCCGACUCGUGGAGGUACCUUCUCUCCCCGUUCAAGAACAUCGAAGGACCCAUCUGCAUGAACCGCACCGUCAAGUGGAUUUUCCUGUCCAGCCUUUUGGCCCUUCAAUUACUGUCUCUCAUCUGGUUCACCAUGGUUAUCCGUGUGGCAGUAGGAGUGAUCCGUACUGGCAACGCCGAGGAGCCUCGCAGUGAUGACGAAGAUGAGGCAGAAGAGGAUUCGGCGGAGAAGGAUGGCCCUAACGGUACUCCCGGGGUGCCUGAUGGCACCAGCGCGGAAUGGCGCCGCGCCAAUGCAUCAAAUGUGCGGCCUCGGGGUCGCGGACGAGUUCGUCUUGGCGACCAGAGCGACCACAAGGCCUUGCUGGGCAGGAUCGGAUGCGACAAGCCCUCCUAA